ACUUCCAUCAGGAGCUAUUCUAUUCUUCUAUAAGUUUGGUCGAAUAUUUCCGUCACUUGCUAUUAAUAGCUUUUGUUAAACCCAAAGGGUUGUUCUUUUCUUUCAAUUAAUCUUGGUUCCCGUGCAACAGGUCGUAUGCAUGCAAUGGAUGAUUUUUGAUUCACCUAAUGGUUUGUAUCAUGACCUAAUUAACCUCCAAUGGUUCUUCUUUAUACACAUCUUAGGUUGUAUUCCACAAGGACCAGCUCUUAACUAUGAAGAGCCAGCUUUGGUAAGAAACAUGACUCCCGUCUUCGAGUGCUGCUAUGCUUGGAGAAUGCAGGAUGGCUCCUUAAGAUACAGGCAAAUUCAAAUUUGUUAACAAAGCUUUUGUGAAAAACUUGAGCAAACCUUAAGUCCCGAAUCACAAUAA